AUGAACAAGGGAAUAUUUUUCAUCUUCCUUCCAUGUCUUGUAGCCUUUAUCCUGAUUCAGACCACACACAGUAUAUACGGAGGCUAUGGGGGUUACGGUGCCUACUCUGGGUACGGUGGGUACCCGUAUUCAGGUUUCCAGGCCGGAAGGUACUACAGUAACGCCCGGGAAAGUAUGAAAACCGCCGCUAUUUUCAGUAGUCUGGUUGGAUUCUUUGUCGUAUUGUUCCUGUUUAACCGUACAGGACAGAUUCUGGGAUAA